AUGGACGCUUCCCAGUACCCUACCAACGGUAUAAACACGACCUCGGCCUCCUACCCGUCGCCCCCCGCCAUCACGCCUCAUCAACUUCAACACACCAACUCCCCGCUGCCUCACCAGACUCUGCCGCCUCUGCAGCCGCAGACCUCCGCCGCCAUGAACCAAAUGUACGGCAGCAACCCUCACACACCUCGCACUCCUGCGACGCCCAACACUCCGGGCUCCCAGAACAACAUGCCGCCGUACCAGCCUCAGCAGCAGCAGCAGCAGCAGCAGCCUCGCGGUCCGUACCAGCAGAUGGGCCAGUACCCUCCCCCGCCUCAGGCGUACGGCACUCCGUCCAUGCUGCCCCAGACCACGAUGGCUUCUUCUCACCCGCAGCCCAUCGCGCCUGCCCCCGCGUCUGGACGCGUUCCUCCUGUCCUGCGUCCCAUGCCCGCUGGCGGUGUCAUGCCCCAGCCCGGUAUGAACUCUCCCUACGGCCCUGGCGGUGUCAUGCCUGGUGGCAUGGGCGAGGCUGACCAGCCUACACACGUCGUUGGCUCUCAGGGUCGCCGUGGCAUUCUCCCCAGCGCUCCUGGCCGCCCUGCCGCUACUCCCGCUGGCGCCGGCAACACCAAGAGCACUGUGAUCCCGGUCAAGGAUGCCGAUGGCAAGUUCCCUUGUCCUCACUGCACCAAGACCUACUUGCACGCCAAGCACUUGAAGCGUCACCUUCUGCGCCACACGGGCGACCGCCCCUACAUGUGUGUGCUUUGUCGCGACACUUUCUCGCGAAGUGACAUUCUCAAGCGUCACUUCCAGAAGUGCUCUAUUCGCCGAGGUAACCCGACUGGUGCUAGUCACUUGUCUCACCCUCAGGCUCAUGUCAAGAAGAACGCUGCUGUGCAGAAGGCGGCUCUUGGUCAGGAUGGCGGUCUGAACCACCUCAAUGGUCUGGGUAACAUGCCUGCGGAUGGCAUGGUUCAGCCUUUUGGUAUGAUGCCUGUGUCGGACGGGAUGAGCAACCUUGCGAACGAUCAGAGUCAGUUGUCGCGCGCCAGCAGCCUGACUAGGCUUGAUAAUGGCAGUAACCAAGACAGACGGGAUUUGACAGGAUCUGUCAUGGAUGCUUCUGGCCGAGGUGGCAACUUCGAGCAGGCAUACAACGGCAAUGUCCCUAGCUCCAUGACGCCCAAUAUGAAUCAACAGAUGCAAAACUACAAUAUGCCCCCGGGUCAAAAUGGAAUGUCCAUGUAUGGCGGGUCGAACUCGAACCAACAAUCGGGCCUUGAUUGGUCUCAAAUGUUCCAGGCUGGUGCGCAACAAACCUACGCAAAUCAUACUCAAUUCCCCCCUAAUCUUGGACAGACGCAGAUCGCAACCAAACCAGAGCCUAAUACCGGCGUCGAAAGUACAGAAGGUCCCCUUGGCCACUCCAACCACCCCGAUUCCCUAUUUUUCUCGACCUGGGAUGUGCCGCCAUCGAUCCAAGACCCCUUUACCCAUCUCUCCAACCAGAUCCUCAACUUCUUUUACCCUCCAGGUUCCCCGAUUACCGAUGAAAGCGCCGGCUUCAACUUAUACUUCUCCGCCGAAAACAUACGCGACUUCUUGGAAAAGUACACUCAUUUCCAUGUCCAUUUUCCCAUUCUCCACACACCCACCUUCCGCAUUAUGGAAGCCUAUACUGGCUUGCUGGCUGAUCACGUGCGCGACAUGAUGAAUUUCCUUAGGUCCGCACUUGUUCGCGACGUGCAGUUCUUGGCCAACUCGGUGGGCCAACAGCAGAAUGGUAACGCUGACGCUGGUGCCUCAAGUAACGGUCACCGCGACCUUGAGCAACUCCAGGCCGUGAUGCUGCUCCAAAUUCUGCUGAUCUGGAAUAGUACACCACAGCAUCGUGAGAGCGCUCGUGAGAUUUUCCCAGCCAUGGCGGAGCAGACUCGUCGUCUUCGUCUGUUGGAGGUCUCCACUAGCAUGCCCCUCUUCAGUCCGCUGCACCAGAGCAACUUUACCCCUCAGAACUUCGAUGUCUCCACAUUCGAUUGGGGUGUGUGGGUUGAACAGGAAAAGCGGAUACGCCUGAUGCACAUCAUCCUUCUCUGCAACUCCGCCAUGGAACUUUAUUUCAACGCCCAGUCUCAACUAGACAGCUUCGAGAUGCACAUCCCGCUGCCAUCUGAUGAUGCAGCUUGGGACGCACGGACGAAGAAGGAUUGCGAGGAUGCUCUGGGCUUACAUGGAGAUGAGUUGGCACAGCAAAAGAAUCCAAACGGAACACGGCGCAGCAAGCAACCGGAAAUGGACUAUGCUCUCCAAGCUUUGCUUCACGGGUCCUACCAGAUUCAGCCAGGCAGAACGAACCUGUACGGAAAGUUCAUCUUGAUACACGCCAUUCUGUCCUUGAUCCGACGAGCUCAAUUGGACGGCAGUGCCGUGAUGAAGGGUUACGCAACUCCACCAAUGAGCGACUGGAUGGUGAAUGGUGGAUCAGACAACGGCAUCAACAGCGGCAGGGCAACACCUGUUGAUCCCGCUUUGCAGGGCAUUCCGGUACAUGUGCACGAAUCAUUCCGCAUGGCUUUGCAAAAGUUCAAGACCAACUGGGAUACCGACAUGGUCAACCAAUUCCCUCCUGGAUCAGCAAAGAACGUCCGUAGGUAUGGUUUCUCUAGGGACGGCAUCCAUUUCUACUGGCUUGCCAAGUACCUGUUGAAGCAUACCCGGUCAUCAGAGCUGCAGAUGGAGUCGGAUGCGCGUUUCAUGCAGGUGAUGCAACUAUUGAAGUCGGUGAAGGCGUGGGUAAUGUCGGACGGGGCGUCUAGGGGUGAGGAUAUGGGAUCGGUUGGAGAGAUCGACAAGGAUUUUGGAGUGUCGAAUCUGACACUCGACAUGGCGCGACUUUUCAAACCUCUUCCGGCGGUGGUGGAGGAUCCAGGCAUACCUUCUGUGCAAACGAACAUCGGCACAACGGGCGGCGGCAUGCUUUGA